AUGGACGGAAAUAUGUCAACAGUACUACUCCCCCAAGACCUCAUCGCCGAAAUAUUUUCUCCACUAUCCAUCAAGUCUCUGGUACGUUUUCAGUGUGUUUCGAAGCCAUGCUGCGCUCUAAUCAACGACCCAUAUUUCAUCAACAUGCAUCUCAACGCUGCUAGCAGAGAACGUAGUCUCAUCGUGGAGACAUGUAGACGUCAUUGGCCAAAGGAUUACUACUCAGUAAACUUUUCCGACGAGGAUCGGUCGUUCGGGGAGCGCGUGAAGAUCUUCCCACCAUUUAUCUGGCGUCAAGAAAAUCUCAACCACCCCUCUGCCUCUGUGAUAGGCUGUUGCAACAGCUUGGUUUGCAUCCGCAAAUAUGAUGAUGAAGUUGUGAUUUGGAACCCAUCAAUCAAAAAAUACAAGAAAUUGCCCAACGAGCCUGAUCUAGACCAUGAUAAGCACAGCCAAAUCAUAUCAGCAUUCGGGUAUGACCCAGUGCGACUCAAUUUAGCAUUCGGGUUUGACCCAGUCAACAACGACUACAAGGUUUUAAAGAUUGUAUUUGUAGAAUCUGUGAAGCCUGAUAAUUGGGGGCUUGAGCCUCAAUGGGCCAUAGAAAUCAUGGAUCCCAUUGAAAUCAUGGUAUAUAGUUUGAAAUCACAUUCUUGGAGAAGAGUAGAAGAUCAAUGGCCUUACAAGGAGGAGUCAUUUAUUUGUUCGGGGCCGCCGGCUUUCUCCAACGGUGUUUUUCAUUGGUUGGUUAUGAGUGCACCUGGAGUAAGGACCCUUCUCACAUUCGAUCUCACCACCGAGAAAUUUGGAGUGCAAACGUUUCCCUUCGAAUCGUAUUUGAAUGUGGCUUUCGAGGUUUUGGGAGGAUCACUCUGUGUUUCUGGAAACACGGCGGACAUGGGCGUUGAAGUUUGGAUGAUGAACGGGCACGGAGUGGCGAGCAGUUGGAGUCGGCUUUAUACUAUACCUAUGACUUUUCGCUACAGCCGAUCACUAGCGCUUUCAAAGGAUGGUGAAAAGGUUUUGAUUGAGGACGAGUCCAAUAAACUCUUUUGGUAUAACAUAAAAGAGAACACAUGCUGCAGGAUUGUUGAUCAAAAUAAUAAGCAUACUUUCAUCAAGUAUUGGACAGCGUCUUACGUAGAAAGCCUCCUUCUCCUAGAUGGUGAUAAUGGCAAUUGA